AUGGAAGAACAUUAUGCACAGUGGUCGGAAACCAUGUUUUCACACUUCGGGCAUAAGUGGGCAGCAUUGCACAGAGGACCAUGUUGGCAGUAUGAAGAAUUGGAAGAUAAAGACCAUGGAUCAAUCACCUGUUCAUCAAGAAAUAUUAUACAAGAUGCAUUGGAGUUCAGUGACAUAAGCCUUGGAUCUGAUGAAGUUGGUGAGAGUGAGUUUCAGUUGGAAGAAGGUAAUGUUGUUAUAUGUGUACUGUAUUUAUUCUAAUAAAUGCUGAUUAUCUACUAAAUGCCCCAAUCCAAUUAAGUCACCCUUGACAUACAGUAAUUUUGUAUUAAUUAAAGAAGAUAAAAUGCCAAAAGACAAUUUUUCACAAGUGUGAACAUUUGUGUGAAUUAUUUGCAUAUUUUGUAUUUUUGAGAUUACAAAAUGAACUUUUGAAAUAGAUGCCUCUCUCUAAUAAAUGCCCCCCCCCCCUUGUGAAAUCAUUUUUUUUCAUAAAUGCCCACCUACAUUUAUUAGAACAAAUAUAUUAUGUAAGUUUGUCAUCAUUUGACUGAAAAAAAAAUUGGAUGGGUGAGCGAUUUUAAAAGACAUACUGUAUGUUUUUAUUAUUUUGCUUUCUUAAAACAAUUGUAGAUGAUAUUAUGUCACUUGACGAUAUUGGUGUAGAAAUGACAAAUCAUGUUCAGUUAUCUGACAGUUCAUCUGCCUCCCAGUACAGCAGCAGUGAGGUCAUUGAAUUAGUUACCAUGCCCAAACCCCAAAUCCGUUCUAUACCUCGAUUAUGGACCCAUGUGCGAAACACGGAUGAACAAGAGAUGCUUGAAAGCGAGAUAUCAUAUAAAGAUAUUGAAUCAUAUAGUAUACAACCAACUACCAAAUCAAACUAUCAAAAUCCUUGGAAGUUUGAUCCUCUGAAG